GCCAGCAUGGUUCAUUCACUGAUUGAAGCAUAUUGCUUGCUUGACCAAAUGAAGAUAGUCAAGCCAAAAGUGGCCUCCAUGGAGGAAAUGGCGAGUUUCCACACAGAUGCUUACCUGCAGCACCUGCAGAAGGUCAGUGAGGAGGGGGAUGAUGACCACCCGGAGUCUGUGGAGUACGGACUGGGUUACGACUGUCCAGCCACUGAAGGGAUCUUUGAGUAUGCAGCGGCUGUGGGAGGAGCCACCAUCACUGCAGCCCAGUGCCUGCUGGAUGGCAAGUGCAAAGUAGCAAUUAACUGGCCUGGAGGGUGGCAUCAUGCAAAGAAGGAUGAAGCUUCUGGUUUCUGUUACCUGAAUGAUGCUGUCUUGGGGAUCCUGCGACUGCGCCAGAAAUUUGACCGCAUCCUUUAUAUUGAUUUGGAUUUGCAUCAUGGGGAUGGAGUUGAGGAUGCCUUUAGUUUCACCUCGAAGGUCAUGACUGUUUCUCUGCACAAAUUUUCACCAGGAUUUUUCCCAGGCACUGGAGAUGUGACAGAUGUUGGCCUGGGAAAAGGUCGCUACUACAGCGUGAAUGUGCCCAUUCAAGAUGGCAUUCAGGAUGAAAAAUAUUACCAGAUCUGUGAAUCAGUGCUGAAGGAGGUGUAUGCUGCCUUCAACCCUGAUGCAGUUGUGCUGCAGCUGGGGGCGGACACCAUUGCUGGAGACCCCAUGUGCUCUUUCAACAUGACACCUGAGGGAGUGGGGAAGUGCCUUAAGUAUGUCCUGCAGUGGCAGCUAGCAACUCUUGUCCUGGGAGGAGGAGGUUACAACCUUGCCAACACCGCUCGCUGCUGGACAUACUUGACUGGGGUCAUCCUUGGGAGAACACUGUCCUCUGAGAUCCCUGAUCAUGAGUUCUUCACAGAGUAUGGUCCUGAUUAUGUGCUGGAGAUCACACCAAGCUGCAGACCAGACCGCAAUGAGCCACAGAGAAUUCAAGAAAUUCUGAACUCUAUCAAAGGGAGCCAAGCCGGAGCGCCCUUCCAGUCCCUCCCUGCCCGAGCACGUCGCUGGACCAGACCCGCCUGGGGCAGCCCGCGUCCCUCUGAGCGCUGCAGUGUCCUCGUGGACCCCGGAGAUGAGCUGUUGACAGUCCCCUCCCCGGGGCACGAAGGGCCUCUCGUGGUGGCGAUCCUGCACUGCUACCCUUUCGGGACCGAAGAGGUGCCGGCGGUAGGGACUGCGCCUGCUCCCCGCCCCUGUGGCCCCCCAAGGCGAGAACGCGCCGGCGUCGCUGUGGGCCCGACGGGCGAGGGGUCUCCAGCUGCCGUGUAAUAAAAUCCGAAAGGAUCGUUGUUCCCACGGCUGUGCCCUUUGUCCAUUUCGGCGAAGGACAUUGUGUGAAGCAGCCCUUGAUGGAAGGAGGGUGGGCCCCCCAAAGCUCCACCCCAAAGCUCCAGUGUGUCUUCUCGGCUUAUGAUGUUCCCAUCCUUGUUGUUGUUGAAAAUUACACAACUUUCCUAGUAACUUUUCUAGUUAAAAUUUUUAAUGAAUUGUUUUAAUCAAUCAUGAACAGUGUAAUUUUCCACCGUAGCCAAGCACUAAGCAAGGUUUUUCAUAAACUGCUAUUGUGGGAAUGCAGGUCAGGAAAAUUACUAAAACUUUUAAGUUUUGCUAAACCAACUUUGAUACACUUAAUUGGACUAAACAUGGGAGAGACAUAGUGCUGAAACUGGACUCAUGGAAUGCAAAAUUUAUAGUCUGCAAGAACAUUUUGCAUGACCCAGAGAUAAAGAAACUAAUAAAGACAAUUCAGCAAUUGUCUUAUCUGGGAAAAAGAUAAUAAGAUAUUGUCAUAGAUACAUAUUAUAACAGUGGCUUUUCACAAAUAUUAAAAUGGAUUUAUACAUGUGAUGUUAAAGUAACUUUCUAACAAAGAUUGUUUUUAUUUCUGUUGUUAAUUAAACUUAGUGAAAUAGCUAUGCUUGUGUUAAAAUGCCUGCUUGGAUGAAAUAACAUCCAGUGAACACAGGAUGAGGACACCUGCUACGCCAACUAUCAGCACUCACGGUCUGAGGUCAGUGUGGAUCAAGGCCCAAAAACAGGAGGUGAUAAGAAUGGAUUAAAACCACAAGCAAGGAAUCUGCAUGCUCUAAAAAGGCAGACGCAAGGAGGAGCCAUGCUAAACAAUUCUUGGAACAUGUAAACUAGUUUGGGUGAAAAAUUUACUAUGCAUAAGGGCCUAUGAAUUUGCAACAGGCUGAUGUAAAGGAAAGGUAUUUAAGUGGUAUCUCCAAAGAUAACUGUGUGGUCUUGGCUGAGUGCCAAGAUGCACCCAGCCGAAAUAACCUUUGCUCUGAGGUCCUUGUCUCUUAGUGUCCUUUAUUAAACUUUUUAACUUUUCACAGGAGAGUGAACAGAUUUUUCACAGAUCAUAACGACUGAAAAUGUAGGCUAAUGAGCCUGAGAAGUAAGAAAUCUGUAACCAGUAGAAGAUAAAAUACUAAUUAAUGAAGAGAACUAUGUAUUUUAUAGCAAAUGAACAUUAAUUGCUUUGCUAAAGUGCAUAAAUAAUGAAAAGUUUUGGAAGUGUGCAAAGUGUGUAAGUAAGUGUGUAAGUUGCAAGUGUGUGCCAUAGGUGGAGCUCCCUCUAUUCACCCAGCAUUCUGAAUAAAGUAAUGCUGCUUUCUAAUCUAAA